UCUAGUUCAAUCUCAAUUUUUUGACAAAAGGAAACAAUAAAUAAAUAAAUAAAAUGUUUUGAACAAUGAAGUUUAUUAUAAAUAAUUUAAUUAUUAAUUCAUUGUCAUUAUUAUUACUAUUAUUAUUUAUAACAAAUAUAAGGAUUGUAAAAGCAACGAAUAAAAGUUAUGACCAGUUAGAAUAUUAUCCAAAAGGUCCAUUGGUUAAAUGUCAUUUUCUGCCUAUUGAAUUUAUUGAAUGCGAGGAACCAUUCGAUCACAAAGGAAACAAGACAGCUAAAAUAGAAGCUGGAUUUGGAUGUGUCAAAUUUGGAGGUACACGUUACGAAGACGUAGAAAAAACAAAUGUCUCAUGUACAGUAUUACCAGACAUUGAAUGCUACGGACCAAGAAAAUUUUUGCGAGACGGAGUGCCAUGUGUUAAAUAUUCCGGACACUACUUCACCUUGACUCUACUCUACAGCAUCCUCCUGGGAUUCUUAGGCAUGGACCGUUUCUGUCUCGGACAAACGGGUACCGCGGUAGGAAAACUCCUGACCCUCGGUGGUCUAGGAGUCUGGUGGGUAAUCGACAUAAUUUUACUCGUCACCAACUCACUGCUACCCGAAGACGGCAGCAACUGGAACCCUUACGUCUAAUAAUUUAUAAAUUAAAUUAAAAAAAAAAUGUACAUAAAUAAAUUUUCUAAGUCAAUAAAAAUUUAUUAAAUUUUUUAUAAA